AUGCCUAAAGAAUCGAUGUUGAUAGCCUCUGGACAGGGAGGAGGAAAUUUUUCGAACAUAAGGGUGGUGCAAAAGAACCUUGUAUAUAUAAUAUGCAUACCGCAGAAGUAUGCAGACGAAGGUGUUCUGAGCAGGCACGAGUUUUUCGGGCAGUUUGGGGCAAUUAAGAAAAUAGUAGUCAAUAAACGGACGUCUUCGCUUGAGUCUACUGCCAGUGCCUACAUCACAUACAGCACGGACGAGGAAGCAAAGACCUGUAUCCAGGAGGUCGACGAGAGUCUCUUGGACGGAAAGGUUCUGAAAUGUACAUAUGGGACAACAAAGUACUGCACAUUCUAUCUAAGGAAUGCGGUGUGCCAGAACGGGGACUGCAUGUACUUACACGAGCACAGGCCCCAAAAGGACAUUCUGACAAAAGAUGAAAUGUGCAACUCAAAGCACAAGCUGCAUGGGUUUGAGGUUAGGAACAAAAACAAGAAGAGGAUAGGCAGAAGAUACGACUUCGACAUCCUUAAUGAGCUCUUCAAGCACAAGACGUCUCGAGUGUUCAAAGCCCCUGACAAAAUUCUUUUUGAGCCCCUAGACUUCACAAACUGA